GUUUCGCAUUCCGCUGCGAGUGCGCACACGAGCAGAGCGCAGCGCGGAGAGACAGAAGCGACGCAUCCGAGACCCUCCUCGAUAUUCCGCUGGAAAGUUGCCCGUCCUGCCGCCGGGAUGCCGUACAUCCUCAUCAGCACACAGAUCCGACUGGAGACGGGGCCCACAAUGGUCGGUGACGAAUUUUCAGAUCCUUCCAUCAUGAACUAUCUCGGAGCCCGGAAAACAACCAUUCUAGGAAACAACUUCUCAGAGUAUCAUGUGGACGAACCACCGAGACUCGUCUUGGACAAACUGGAUAAGAUCGGGUACAGAGUGGUCAGCAUGACGGGAGUGGGUCAGACGCUGGUUUGGUGUCUUCAUAAAGAGACGAGUGACACGCUGUGACUCAGUGUCUCUUGUAUUUCAGGUAAACAUGGUAAAUGAGGUGAGAGAGGGUGAUCGCAGAAACACUUAUUAAAGAAAUGAAGUGACGUGAAAUCUCAAAACGUAUAGUAUUUGGAAUUUGUGCGUUUGUCUGAUUCUUGAUCUGGAUUUUUUUUUUUUUUUUUGACUCAUAUGUACGAAAGCAAGUUUUGUUUUGUAAUUGUAGUAAUAUGAAUGAGUUCAUUGAGGAACAUGAUAAUAAACUUUAUUAUUCUGUUUUGUAUUUUGAGUAAAUGCUUUGCAAUUCUAUUUUAGCUCAAAAUAAAUCUCAUUCUUUGUUAUAUAGUUCGUAAAAGUCUUAAGUGUAUGUAAACAUAUGCAGAGUUCAUUUGUAAAAACAGAUAACUUAAAAAUCAUGUUUUUUCAUUGUGCAUUCCAGUUAAUCUCAAUAAAACUGCACUUGGGUUAUUUUGAUAUAAAGUAAAAAUAACUACAAUAAAAACAUGAUAACAUAAUUAAAAACAUGAUUUUUAAAUGUUUAAAAACAGUUAUCUGUUUUACUGCAAAUGAACACUUCAUAUAUUUUUUCUGUAUUCAAUCUUGACGUUAAUAUUGUUUCUGUAUGCUUGUGUGAGAAGCUGUAAUUAAAAAUAAGGUAAAAUAAAGUAUGAUCUGUUCUAAAGUG